AUGUGUGUUUGUCCAUUAUGUUUUUAUGGAACACGAUGUCAAUUUAGUUCAUCAUUAUUUGGUCUUUCACUCGAUGCUAUUUUAGGUUAUCAUAUUAAAGUAAAUGUAAACAUGAAAAAUCAGUCACAUAUUGUACAAAUAAGUCUAGUUUUAACAAUAAUUAUGAUCAUCAUAGGUCUUAUCAAUGGUAUAUUAUCUAUGAUUACAUUUAAGAAUAAAGCAACACAUCAAGUUGGUUGUGGUUUUUAUCUCUUAGGUUCAUCAAUUACUACUUUACUUAUUGUAAUCACAUUUGCAAUGAAGUUUUCAAUACUUAUCAUAAUACAAAUGACAUAUAAUACAAAUCGAUCAUUCCUAUAUAUUCAAUGUUUAUCAAUAGAUUUUUUCUUACGAUUUUUUCUUAAUAUGGAUAAAUGGUUAAAUGCAUGUGUGGCUGCAGAACGAGCAUUUGCCACAAUAAAAGGAGCUAAUUUUAAUAAGAAGAAAAGUAAACAAGUAGCUAAAUACAUUAUUUUGACUCUUAUUUUCUUAACAAUUAGUACAACUAUUUAUGAUCCUAUUCAUCGACGUCUGUUAGAUGAUGAUGAUGAUAGUGAUGAGAAACGUAUUUGGUGUAUUGUUACUUAUUCGUCUAAUCUUCGGAUAUUCAAUUCAAUAGUGAAUAUAUUUCUUUUUUGUGUUCCAUUUCUCAUCAAUAUUCUUUCGGCUAUUAUGGUUAUUAUUAAAACUACUCGACAAUGA